AAGAUAAACAACCUCUUGAUUCGUUAGCCAACUUCCAGUACUAUGGUGUACCACAGCUGCCACCUGACAUUGACAAUGUCUUACCAAUGCUACUUGUAUGACAUCAUGAUGAUUUCUCGUGCCUUUGCGACCAAAAUAUUGCAUCUCUUUGCUCUUGAGUGUAGCAAUCCCGCAUUUGGUGGAAACAUUGCGACUUCGCAGAAGUUUGUUCGUGGUAAUGUUGCCGUCCUGCCUCAAGAUUCUGUGAACUUGCAAUUUGUUCUUCCGCCCACUCGUUCCGUCAUUGCCGACGCGAUGUGUGCCCUUUUUGUGCGCUGGAAAACUAAACCGACCAGAGAGAAUAUUGCGUCCUUGCGUCCUGUGCUUGUUUCAAAGCGCAGAGCGCGAACCUUAAUUGAUUUCCUUGUCAAUCACAACGUAUGGUACAAGAUUGCUGGGCUUACAUUUUUGGAGGAAAACCUAUCUGACCUUUAUCCUGAAGACGAAAACGACGUUGACGAGUCUGUUCCUACAGCUGUUGAAAUCUGUCACUUGGAUGGAUCACAUGGUUUGGCGGCUGCAACUUCAGAUUAUGCUGAUCGGCGUACCUUUCAUGCUGCUGAUCCACAACCUGAACUUCAUGAAAUGGUUAUGGACAUUGUAGGUUAUGCUUCCGGUGACUAUACACCUCAGAAUCACAAGAUGAUGAAAGCAGAGGCUCUUGCCCGUGUGCUUGAUGGCAGUCAAUUUCUUAAGAUGCAAGCCGGCUCUAACUUCAUCAAUGAGCGAGACCCCGAUCAACGUAUACCUUUUGAACGACAAGUGAAGAAUCUGCUAAAGCAGCAUGACUCCCCUUUUCAGAAGGACCCUCGUUUUGCCUAUGUUUGCUGGAACAUCAUCCAAAAGAGGGGGCAUCCAUCUGCAAAGUCUUCCAACCGUCAACAGAAAAGGGCUUUGAAAAUGCUGAAUCGUCUCAAGUUUGUCGCUAAAGAAUUAAAGGGAUCUUUCGGUUAUAAGCUAUGCAGACGUAACAAAAUCUGUGCACUCAUGAAGCGGUUCUGCACACUUGCUCUAUCCGUCACAUUGAACCCCGCAGAUAUCUGGAACCCUCUAAUUGCCAUCAUUGUAGGCCUCACUUCGAGCGAGUGGCUACAGAUGUCCGCAUUUGAGCGUGCGGUCUUUGUCGCGAAUAAUCCUGCCCCUGCAGCCUUGUUUUUCGACUCCAUGAUUCAAUCCUUUCUGAACAUCAUCGUCCGUUACAAUCGUGGUGUUGGCCUCUCUCUUUGGGACAUGUAUCGCGCAUUACGGUAUGGUGGAAGCGCAAGGGCGGGGGACUCUACACUGUCAUAUGCUUUUGUGGCUGAAAGGAAACUGUUAAAUUGCUCGCAAUUGAGUGCAACUGGCACCAACAUACUGACACUGGGUGCAUAG